UUCUAAUCUUCUCCCUGACCCUUGAACCUAGUUUUCUAACAACAGACAUAUUUACAUUUCAAAGGAUCCUGGAAUAUAAAGUUGGAACCACAAUAGGCAGCUGAGUAUGUACCUGAUUUCUCAUAAGCAGUUUUUUUUUUUUUUUGAUUCUAGGAUCUUGGCCCAAUGGGGAUCAUGAACAAAUCCAUUGCUUUCUGAAAGGAUGAGGAGUGGAAGAGAUAUAGAGCCUUGCUGUCCCCCAUGUUCACCAGUGGAAAACUCAAGGUGGUGAGUACAAUUCUUUUAACUGCAGCCUGUGUGACUGGAAUUCCCAUCAUAACUGUGGAUGCUUUUCUUUUUUUAGAUGUUCCCCAUCAUCAAACUGUAUGGAGACAUUUUGGUAAAGUACUUGAGGCAAGAGGCAGAGAAAGGCAAGCCUGUCUCUGUGAAAGAGUGAGUGCUUGACCAUCACUGUUGUCAUGGGAGAGGGGGAAACUGGGGUGCAGGUGUUUGUUCUUGCCCCUUUAGACACUAGAUGACAUAGGCAGUUUGAAAGGAACAAGUAUGACAGUAAGAAGUUUGCAUGGGUAGAGGAUGGGUUUGCUGGAAAGGGCUAGGUCUAUAUUGAGUUGACAUUACCUGUCUCCCAAGAAUAUGAAUACUUUCCUACUCUCUGAUGCAUGUUUUAUUCCAAUUGCUCUGUGUCCUCAGUAUUUUUGGUGCCUACAGCAUGGAUGUGAUCACCAGCACAUCAUUUGGCGUGAAUGUUGAUUCCCUGAACAACCCAAAGGAUCCUUUUGUGGAGAAAACCAAGAAAUUUUUAAGAUUAGAUUAUUUUGAUCCAUUGUUCAUAUCAGUAGAACUGUUUCCAUUCCUCAAGCCAAUAUAUGAUAUGUUAAAUAUCUCCGUGUUCCCAAAGGAUUCAAUAGCAUUUUUCAAAAACUUUGUGUACAGUAUGAAGGAAUCCCACCUGGAUUCUAAGCAGAAGUACCAAGUGGAUUUUUUUCAGCUGAUGAUGAAUGCUCACAAUAAUUCCUCUGAGUCUCAUAAAGGUAAGCAAGGAAACCCUUCCCAGUCUGUGGACAAGGCAGCUCUAGAGGAGUGGGCCUCUCCCACCUAUGAUAUUGUGAUGGAAAUGGAGUACUUGGAUAUGGUGUUUAAUGAAACCCUCAGACUUUAUCCAGUUACUGGUAGACUUCACAGAAUGUGUAAAAAAGAUAUAGAACUUGAUGGUGUGUUUAUCCCCAAAGGGUCAAUGGUGAUGAUUCCAUUGUAUCCUCUUCAGCAUGACCCACAGCACUGGCCAGAGCCUGAGGAAUUUCGUCCAGAGAGGUUCAGCAAGGAGAACAAGUGUAGAACUGGUCAUUAUGUAUAUCUGCCCUUUGGAAAUGGACCCAGGAACUGCCUUGGCAUGAGAUUUGCUCUCAUGAGUAUGAAACUUGCUGUCACUAAAGUUCUGCAAAACUUCUCCUUCCAUCCUUGUAAAGAAACACAGAACUACAUGAACAGGCUGUGA